CAACUUAACCAUUUGUCCUCCAUUUUAGGGCAGCUGAUAUUUGUUUGCGUAAAUUUCUCCGACUUAAAACAGUUUUUAUUAUUCCAAAAUGGGUUAUUCGAUCCUUCCCAUCGCUAUUUUUACAGUGUUCUGGGGUGUGGUGGGCAUUGUAUGCCCAUUUUUCGCUCCUAAAGGACCAAAUAGAGGGAUAAUCCAAGUCGUGUUGAUGCUAACAGCGUCGACGUGUUGGUUGUUCUGGCUGUGCGCGUACAUGGCGCAAAUGAACCCCCUUAUUGGGCCCAGACUGAGUAACGAGACCCUCAUCUGGAUCUCUCGCACAUGGGGUAACCCCAUCAAGUCUUAGGCGAAGAAUUUAUUGAAUGGCUGAAGAAGAUAAGCUAUCCUCAGCGUUGCUGGGACUUUACACCCUACCACGUUUCUGCUGUUUGAAUUGUAAUUUAUUUAAAUAAGUAUUCAUAUAUUAUUUGUAAUUUAACGAAAUAAAUGAAAUCCGUCACUAAAACCUGUACACCUUUGUCGUAAAAAAAUAUUUAAAAAAAAAGUAUGGCAACUGAGACAAUGAUUCUAAAUUCAAAGUUUUAUAUCGGUCACAAACCUUAAGCAGACCUACAUAAUUAAAAACCACCGAAGUUGCCAUCGAACAAUGUCAAACCGUUAUUUUAUAUUCUCUAACCUCAGCUGCCAACCGAGAUGGUGACAUUCUGUAGUUUCUUGUGCUUUUAAUAUCAAAUGAGAUACCUUGCUUUUAUUAUGAGUCUAGAAGUGUCAAGCCAUCGUCGAAAAUCCUUAAUAAUAAUAUGUUAGUAUGAAUUAAGAAAACGCAAGAGGAAAUAAAAGCGCAAAAGUGUGGACGUACAAAAAAUCAUACAUAAAAAUAUAAAACUUUUCGGAACAAAAAAAAAAUCAACCUUUUUGUAAUCUAUAUAUACAAAGCUGUUUACUGUUCUGAGAUGUAACAGAUUGCUUUUCUUCUUUAAAUCAAAAUUGUUAGAAUCCAAAGCCUUGGAAUCAUUAUUGUAUUUGUAUGAAUAAGAAAAAAAAUUAUAAAAGCAAUUAAAACAAUUAUACAUUUUUUUUUUAUUUCAUUAUUUGAAUUUAGCGCAAGGCAAAUUAAUGUUUGCGGAUUGUAAAAUAAAAUCGAUUUAUCAUUCCAUUUUGAAUACAUGUAUCUAGAACAAAAUGAAUAAAAAUAUAACACUUAAAAAAAAUUAAUAACUUUUAAGUUUAAUUUAUCGUUGAAGUUGUAUAAAAGUUUAGAUAUUAAUUUAUGUCAAUAAAUAAAUAGUUAACCAUA